UACAAGAUUUUGAGAGAGAAACUUUCUGUGCUGCCUAUUAGCAAACGUGGUGGAAUUUUUUUGGUUUAAGAGAGAAAGAGAGAGGAUCUUAUUGAGAGAAAGCACAGAGGGCUUGUCUCAAAUUUAAUUAUCAAGUGUAUUAUAUAAAUUAAAGGUUUGGUUCCAUUUGGUUAAAUUUGUUGUUGUCUGAAAUUGGUGUUUGAAGAUUAAUGUCUCUUUUUGCUGCAUAUUCCAUCUGUAAAGUUGCCAAGGAUGCAGCUGGAGUUGCAGGGAACAUUUUUGCUUUUGGGUUAUUUGUAUCUCCCAUACCCACAUUUAGGAGAAUUAUCAGAAAUGGGUCAACAGAAAUGUUCUCAGGGUUGCCAUAUAUUUAUUCACUGAUGAACUGCUUGAUCUGCAUGUGGUAUGGCACACCUGUGAUAUCACCUGAUAAUUUGUUGGUCACCACUGUUAAUUCAUUUGGAGCAGUCUUUCAGUUUGUGUACAUAAUCCUCUUUGUGAUGUAUGCUGAGAAAGCAAAUAAGGUGAGGAUAUUUGGAUUAUUGCUGGCAGUUUUUGGCACAUUUGCAAUCAUAUUAAUUGGAAGCUUGCAAAUAGAUGACAUUAUAAUGCGCCGGCUCUUUGUGGGUUUCUUAAGUUGUGCUUCUCUCAUUUCAAUGUUUGCCUCUCCUUUGUUUAUAAUUAAAUUGGUCAUUCAGACAAAGAGCGUUGAAUUUAUGCCAUUUUGUCUCUCACUUUCUACCUUCCUAAUGAGCACCUCUUUCCUUCUUUAUGGAUUACUAAACGAUGAUGUCUUCAUUUAUGUGCCAAAUGGGAUCGGAACCGUUUUGGGCAUGAUACAGUUGAUAUUGUACUUUUAUUACCAGAGUAAAUCUAGAGAAGACUCCAGAGAACCGUUGAUAGUGUCAUAUGCAUGAUCAGUUCUGCUGAAAAAAUGAAGGUGCAAUUACUGUUGCUUCCUUGAGAGUGACCAUAAGUUGAGACAAUGAAUAACUUCAAAUUGUACGUAUGUUUAUCCAUUUAUUGGAGAGGUGAACCAUGCUUCAAAAUGGGAUUAUGGCAAGAUAGGCAUAUUACACCAUUCCUUGAGUUUUUGGUGGCAGUCUAAGCUGGACUUUCUUGCAUUGAGGUUAUUUCCAAGUUCAAAUGUAGACAGAUAUAUAUAUAUAUACAUCAUUCGAGAGACAUGUAUUAUUUAUUUAAUUCUGAUGCUCCAUCUUGAUUUGACUAGUGAUUAUCUCACAAAUUCCAAGAGUGGAUAUAAAUAUCAUGCAUUGACUUGGUUUGCCUCUGGGUUGGUCACCAAAUAGCUAUUGGGUCAUUGUUUACCAUUGUGACAUUGUCAUUAGUUGCCUUAUUGGAUGGUGUAAAUAGGAAGAGUCAAUAUAUAUGCAAAAAGGACCUUCUUAGUGUUCAGUGCAGAUCUUGUAACUAAGCUUCAUGAGCUCUCUAAUUGUAUUUUUCUAAUAUUA